GGGUUAUUUACCACACAACCAAGUACGACUGAAGCAGUCGUUUAAUUUCAAAUCAUGCUUCAGCCGGAAGUUGCUAGCUUAGCCGCAUAUGUUAGCUUGACGUUCGUCACUAAAAGCGACGUGAGUAGCAGUAUUUCGCAGAACAUUCGAGAGGUCCCCAAACCCCGAGGACGUUCCAGAUAAGCCACCUUUCUGUCUCUGAACCUGACACCUGCACUGUUUGGACGCUUUAGGGUGUUUAACUGUGCAUCUUUGAGAGGAAAAAAUCAUUAAGGACCCUGCUGCAAUCGAUACAACACCAGCACCAGCUAUCGACCACCGUUCACUGCGGCUCUUGGACGAUCAGCGUUGUGUUUAUGUCUUUGUUUUGCGAAAACGAGCUGUUGCGCAGCCGUCGGAACCUGUGUGGUGGAAAUCUAGCCUUCAAGCAAGGAGCUUGCGGCCACAGCGGCACAGCGUUUUUCAUGUCAGAGACCGAGCACGCUUGCAGUCGUUUAUGUCAUCCCCUCUUUUCCAGACAGAAGAUCCCGAAAAAUCCCCAACCAAGAUCCUUUUAUCUUACUGAUAGUGCUAACAUCCAGCCAAAAUGUCUGUCAACGUCAACCGCAGCGUGUCAGACCAGUUCUACCGCUACAAGAUGCCCCGUCUGAUUGCCAAGGUUGAAGGCAAAGGGAAUGGAAUCAAGACGGUCAUUGUCAACAUGGUUGAUGUUGCAAAGGCACUGAACAGGCCUCCAACAUACCCGACCAAGUUUUUUGGUUGUGAACUCGGUGCUCAGACCCAGUUUGAUACCAAAAACGACCGUUACAUCGUCAACGGAUCCCACGAGGCGAACAAGUUGCAGGACAUGCUUGAUGGGUUCAUCAGAAAAUUUGUGCUGUGUCCCGAGUGUGACAACCCUGAAACUGAUCUGCAUGUCAAUCCCAAGAAACAAACCAUCGGCAAUUCCUGUAAGGCCUGUGGAUACCGCGGCAUGCUAGACACCAGACACAAACUCUGCACGUUCAUUCUCAAAAACCCACCAGAGAGCACCGAUAGUGGAUCCGCAUCUGUAAAGAAGGAGAAGGAGAAGAAGAACCGCAAGAAGGACAAGGAGAACGGCUCUGGCAGCGGAGAGGCUGGAAACCAAGACAACUUCGAUGCUCCUCAGGCAGUGGACGGAGAUGACGACGAUGAGGACUGGGCAGAGGAGACUACAGAGGAGGCGCAGAGGCGGCGAAUGGAGGAGAUCAGCGACCACGCCAAGAACCUCACGCUCAGUGAAGACCUGGAGAAACCCCUGGAAGAGAGGGUCAACCUCUUCUACAACUUUGUGAAACAUAAGAAAGAGAGUGGAACCAUCGACGGAGCUGAUAAGGAGAUCUUGGCGGAGGCGGAGCGUCUGGAUGUGAAGGCCAUGGGCCCCCUCAUCCUCAGCGAGCUGCUCUUCAACGAGAACAUCCGCGACCAGAUCAAGAAGUACAAACGCCACUUCCUGCGGUUCUGCCACAACAACAAGAAGGCCCAGAAGUAUCUGUUGGGAGGUUUUGAGUGCGUCGUGAAGCUGCAUCAGGUCCAGCUGCUGUCUCGCGUUCCCAUCAUCCUCAAAGACCUGUACGAUGCGGACCUGCUGGAGGAGGACGUCAUAUUUGCCUGGGCGGAGAAGGUUUCCAAGAAGUACGUCUCUAAGGAACUUGCCAAAGAGAUCCACGCCAAGGCUGCUCCUUUUGUCAAAUGGCUGAAGGAGGCAGAGGAGGAGAGCGAAGGCAGCGAAGAAGAGGAGGAGGAGGAAGACGAGAACGUUGAGGUGGUGUACUCGUCCUCUGCCCGCGAGCUCAAAAUGGAGACUGUGAAACCAGACACGCCUGAAAAAGAAGAGGACGACAUUGACAUUGAUGCGAUCUGAGAGACUUGGUUAAUGAUGACGAUGAUGAUGAUGAUGAUGCUUCUCUUGUGUUGUGGCUUUGACUCACGAUGCCCCCGUACCACCUAAAUGGCUGGCCUUUCCCCUCCUUUACUUACCCGCCCUCACCCCUCCACCCAACCCCCUCAGCCCUCCUCUGCUUCGUGGCAUGACUUAACAUAGCGCUUUACUUGCUGCACAUUAACUCUGUAAUUUUUUUGAGAUGAAAUGAAGUCGCUUUGGGGAUUUUAAUCAUGGGUGUCUGGGGAUCAUUUUGACUGCACAUUUGUUGUUUUUUUUCUUUUGUUUUUUUUUCUUUUGGUCCCUGUAUUUUUCCAGUCAAUAAAGAAUGAAUGUUUUGCUAUCCACCACA